AUGCGGCUCCGACAAAAGCCUUACGGGAAGUUUGCCAGCAACCGAUCAAGUGGUUCCGAUCUGCCGCUUUGCGCCGUUGACGCCAAGGUCCUUGUGAGCAGCCGCCGUCCCGACUCCCCCGCCGUCCCGACUCCCCCGCCGCCCGACUCCCCCGCCGCCCGACUCCAUGAGCCGCCGUCCGGACCUCUGCCGUCGCCGACUCCGUGUGUAUUCGCGACCCAUUGUUUGAAGUCGGCCGGAGGCUUUGCCCAAAUCUUUGCCGCGAUCCCGUUACCGCCGGCGCUGUCCCGACCUCUGCCGUCGCCGACUCCGUGUGCAUUCGCGACCCAUUGUUUGAAGUCGGCCGGAGGCUUUGCCCAAAUCUUUGCCGCGAUCCCGUUACCGCCGGCGCCGUCCCGACCUCUGCCGUCGCCGACUCCUGGCCGUCACCUUCAUCGCCGCACUUCACUAUCCGCUGCCGCAGCCACACUACGACGUCCUCCAUCAUCGAUGUUCUCUACACUCCACCACCCGCCACCGUCGCCCCAGAUAGCAGCAUGCCAGUGCAACGACGAUAAAGGAGUCCUCUACAACACUCCUCCGUCCACCAUCUUCGCUCCACUCCAUCACCCGCCACCUCACAUUCGGCGGGGGAAGGCCGUGGAGUGCAGCAAAGACGGUGGACGGAGAAGUGAUGCGGCGUGGACCUAUGGAAAAGGAAGUGCGGCGACCAUGAAGUACGGACACCACUGCACUCGACGGCAGCGGGCUGUGGGGCACAGCGACGGCGGAAGACAUCGCAGUAUAGCGCAGCAGGUACUCCAGACGUUUUCACGACUCGACGAGCUCAAACGCUUUAUUUUCUCCGCAUAG